CCCCCAUCCAACGACGAACAGAUGCUUCGAUGACAAUAGGAAGCACUUACCACACCUUCGAUGAAGGACACGAAUCCCUUGCAACAGCCGAAGCUGCAACGAAUGCGUUUGGCUCCUUGCAUCUCGCAAAGCGGAAGAGUCAGAUAUUCUGGAAUACGGUUAAUCGGCAGCUGAGUGUUGCAUUCGGGGUCGAUGAUGAUACGAGCGAUGAUGGUGAAGAUGAAGGUGGAUGGUUGUUGGAGGGGAUGGUGUUGCAGCCGAGAAGGGGAACUGUGGAGAAGGUUAUUGGGGGGUAUUGGAGGCGGAUGGCGAUGUUGAAAAUCGUCCCUGUUGCAAUUGUCAUUGCGUGGUGUGCCAUCCCACUACCGACGUACCCGAACCCAGCACUGGACCCAGACAUCCCUGACCCUAUCACGAACCGGACAGGAAGCAGCGAGUCAAAUUUCUUACUGAUACCGAAAGAAGGAGAGCCGAAGGUACUGAUAAACUUCUGGUUCUUCCUCUUUGUGUAUUACGGCUUCUACAAUGCCAUAGGUCUGCUAUGGGUCACCAAACUCUAUCACCUUUAUGCUUUAAACUGGUGGCCAUCCAGACUUGGUGGUGCGACAUCCUAUACCCUUCUUUGGUGUAUCUCAAUUGCAGGAGGCGCCGUAAUCUACCUCCUCUCCGGCCUCGAGCGAUUCCUCCUAACCUGGAUCCUCCUAACCUUCGCCACGAUGUCAACACCUAUGAUCUUCUCCUUCUCCAUCCUCCGCUCCAAUCGACGGCAUUCAUGGCAUUCGUGGCGGUCGUCAUUGGAUAAUGCGUCGAAUGUUUUCUUUGAGCGAGUGAGGUAUGUUCCGGAGAGUUGGAGACGGUUUUUGUGGUUUUCGGGGGCGCUGGGGUUGGGGUUGGUUGCGCUCGUUGCGGGUGAGGCGUAUACGUAUAUCUAUAUGAGUACGCUGCCCCACUCGGCCGCGGAUGCCUUGGUUUAUGUCUAUACCUGGGUCGCAACCGUCCACCUCCUCGACCUAACAACCUGCUGGAUUCUCGGCGAAGGCAGAGUAAACUCCUACUCCCUCACAACCGCCUUCAAGUUCUACUAUGCCAUGACUCUCAACACAUACCUCCGAAACCUCUACGCACGACUCCGCUCACCACAGCAAUUCGCACUUCUCCAGGCCGCGUCGAGUACGAGUAUUAUCGUGGUGGCGCCGUUGACGAUGACGACGUAUGCGUGGAGGGUCGUAGGGUGGAUGAGUGGGCUCGUUGGGGGUGGGGAGCGGGAGGGGUAUGAGGAAUGGAAGAAGAAGGUUGGGCGGGGGGUUUAUAUUCAGACGCUUGCGAAGGAUGUUACGAUGAUGGCGUUUUUGGGGUGGGUUGCUGUGCUGCAUUUUGGUCCGAAUCGAGAUGCGUAUCCGUAUUUUGGUUUCGAGGAUAAGUCGGAUCCGUAUACGUACCGACUCACCACCAUCGCGUCUUCGGUUGUGUGGAUUAGCGAGAUCGUGUCAGCAUAUAUCGCUCGAAGAAUUAUCCACAGACAAUUCGGCUUCUCCAUCACGAAGGAGGCCGUAAAGGAUUUUAAGGAACACCCGGAUUUGGUGCCGAGUUUGCAGGCGGUUGCGGUGCAUGUGUUGCAGAACAUGUUGUUUUCGCUGCUCACACUCGCUUUCGCAUGA